AUGAAGGUCAAUCAAAUGGACCAAUAUGGCAAGGCCAUGAUGAUCCACUUGUUCCUGAGUAAAGUGAACACCAUUGUCAUCAUCCCAAGUGUUUCCACUGUCACUCCACCUUCUGAGAUGCAUUACAACUGUAAAUUCCAACCACUUUCUGGUACAGAGGCUCAUGAAGAACAUCUACUACUACAGUCCAUUGCUUGGCCUGAAACUCCACCUUUACCAUCACCUCUGUCCAUGAACAGAACCAGUGAUCCAGCACACAGCACCUUCACCAUUCUCCCAGGGAGAGAAGGGGAACAGUGGCAUAUUGGGGAUAAGCUGGAGGUUCUGAUCAAAAUUCAUGACUUCCAGGGCCAUCCAAAGAAAUGUGGGGGAGAUGUCCUACUCGCUCGUCUGCACAACCCAACUCUUCAUGCAGGUGUGGCAGGGCAAAUUGUGGAUCAUCUCAACGGCUCCUACUCUGCUGUAUUCCCUUUACUCUGGGAAGGAAGCGCACAGGUUGAGGUGACACUGGUUCACCCCAGUGAGGCAGUCACAGAACUUCGCAGACUGAACAUCGAACAACCCGACAGGAUGUGCUUUGUGAGCCAGUUCCGCUCAGGCACAGUUACUGAAACUACCAAAUGUCACGUAUGCUUGCGUCCAACCCAGCAGCCCGUGUGCAACUACACUGACCUCCAAACAGGUGAGCCGUGGUUCUGCUACAAGCCAAAGAGUUUGAGUUGUGAUGCCAGGAUCCUCCACUUAAGGGCAGGAUAUAAGCAAAUCACAGCAAUGGACCAGCUCUUUCAGAGAGGUGUCAACAUGAAAGUCUCCAUUCCAGCUUCAGGACCUGCUGGUGUCACAGUUUUAUCCAAGAAGAAAGAUCAUUCAGAGGAGAGCAGGAGUAGUGUGGAACCUGGACCCUCUGGCUAUUACUACCAGGGUGUGUGGAGAGCACUAGAUGACACCACAGUUCAUCAAUUCAAUACUCCAUCAGCCAUCACUCAGUGUCUGAAAGGAAAGGUGGUUCACCUGUACGGAGACUCCACCAUCAGGCAGUGGUUUGAAUACUUUAUUGCUACAGUACGAGAUCUCAAGGAGUUUAACUUGCAUAGUGAGAAAAAAGUUGGACCUUUUAUGGCUCUGAACUACGAAAACAACAUCAUGGUGACUUACCGUGUGCACGGGCCUCCUCUCCAUUUUACCAAAGUGCCAACAAGCGAGUUGCGUUAUAUUGCCAACGAGCUAGACAAUGUGAUUGGAGGUAGAAACACCGUUGUAGUUAUUGGCAUCUGGGCACACUUCUGCACUUUCCCCACUGAGAUCUACAUCCGACGGUUGCAGAGCAUUCGGAGGGCAGUGGUGCGGCUGCUGUCCAGGGCUCCAGAUACACUGGUUGUUAUUCGGACUGGAAACCCCAAAGCUUUGAAACUUCAUGAAGUGUUGACUAACAGUGACUGGUACUCACUGCAGAGGGACAAAGUGCUCAGGGCCAUGUUUAAAGGACUGAAUGUCCAUCUUGUAAACGCAUGGGAGAUGGUCUUGGCCCACCACCUGCCACAUGAACUCCACCCACAACCUCCCAUUAUUAAGAACAUGAUUAAUGUUCUCUUGUCCUACAUAUGCCCUCAAAAGGAUGGCUAGAUCAUUUACACGCUCACCACAGAUGAGACUGACUACACUGUCUUUUUUUAAGAGUAAUUCUGGGUGGGGAAAAAGCAAUCAUGUGACCCUCUAAUAUGAGCAUGAAAACUCCAAUAAUCAGACAAACCCAUAUGAGCAAGAACUUGGUGACAGUGGGAAGGAAAAACUCCUUUUUAACAGGAAGAAACCUCUGGCAGAACCAGACUCGUGGAGGGGCCAUCAGCAGUCAAAGACUACUGCAGCAAAACUGAGAGACAGUUCAGGGUCACCCUAAUUAUAAGCUUUAUGAGGGAAGGAUUUAAGCCUAGUCUAACAUUCUGAGAAUGUGUCUGUAUCCUGAAUCCAAAAUGGGAGCUGGUUUAGUAGAAGAGAAGCCUGCCAGUACUCUCAUUUAAACUCAACUGAAGGCUUUUCAGGGAGUUUUAAGGACAGUCUGUUAUGCCCUGGCCUAGGGGAAACCAGAGCACAAUGCAAAGAUUAUUCCCAUUGUUCCAAGAAAGAACCAGGACUGCAGUCCCAAACAGCAUGGUUUAUUUAUCUAUAAAGGCAGAAGUCAUCAGGGUGGGCACAGCCAAAACAACAAAACGUAACAUUACCAACAUAACAAGGAAACACGAAGCAAAACAAAAUAUAGGCCUCUUACAUGCCUCCCCGGCACAAACAGAAAAAAAAGGUAUUAAAAGAAAAAGGCUUCCCAUCCAUACGGCUACCAGGUCUAUUUUAAAGAAGGAUAUUUACAAUUGUUAGCACUUAUACACAGCAUGGCUUUGUUGAAAAAAUGAAUUAGGUGGGGCCUAGCAUCUCUUGGCAGGUUUCAAUUAAUAGUUGGCAUCAGUUUCCAACUAAUGGCCAGCUGAGACUCGGUUUACAAAAAAAGAAUAAGCACAGCAAGAAAAUCAGCACCCCUGAUGUGGAUGAAUGAACACAAUACACAAAAGUAUGUCUUGACAUGCCCCCUAUGUAAGAUCAAGUAUUUCUUUCCCUUUAAGAAAUGCUUGACCUAAAAGCAAAGAGAGUUGACCACCCACCUGAUGUGCCAGGCACUCCUCCACUGUACUGUACCUGGCCUAUCUCUCUCUGACAGUGUCCUGCUGAUGUAUACAACUGGGUGGUCGCCCCUUUAUCUGCUGGGAGAAAACAGCCCCCUGUCCUCUGUUUGAGGCGUC